AUGUUUCUACGUCAGCAUUUUAUUCUUAUUGCAAAUAUUAUUCUUUUUGGUGCUGUUGGAACUUUAGCAGCAACUGGUCAAAAUUUUGCAGUACUUGUCGCGGGUUCUAAUGGUUGGUAUAAUUAUCGACAUCAAUCUGAUGUAUGUCAUGCAUAUCAAAUUUUACAUAAAAAUGGUGUCCCAGAUGCAAAUAUUGUUAUUAUGAUGUAUGAUGAUUUAGCCAAAAAUCCAGAAAAUCCAACUAAAGGUGUUAUUAUUAAUCAUCCAAAUGGUAAAGAUGUUUAUCAUGGUGUACCACAUGAUUAUAUUGGCGAUACUGUAACUCCUCAAAAUUUUAUUAAUGUAUUACUUGGUAAAAAAGAUGAGAUGAAAGGUAUUGGUAGUGGUAAAGUUCUUGAAAGUGGUCCUGAUGAUAAUGUCUUUGUUUAUUUUACUGAUCAUGGUGCUACUGGUCUUAUUGCUUUUCCAAAUGAUGUUCUCUAUGCUAAAGAUUUAAACAAAACAAUAACUCAAAUGCAUAGCGGAAAGAAAUAUAAAGAGAUGGUUAUCUAUAUUGAAGCAUGUGAAUCAGGUUCAAUGCUUGAAGGUUUAUUACCUGAUAAUAUUAAUAUUUAUGCAACAACAGCAUCAAAUGCUGAAGAAUCAUCUUAUGCAUGUUAUUAUGAUGAUAAACGUGAAACAUAUUUAGGUGAUUUAUAUUCAGUUAAUUGGAUGGAAGAUUCUGAUGCUGAAGAUGUAAGUAAAGAAUCAUUAUUUAAACAAUUUCAAGUAACAAAAAAGAAAACAACUGAAAGUCAUGUUAUGCAAUAUGGUGAUCUUAAAUUGGGUAAAGCACGUAAUGUUAGUCAAUUUCAAGGUGAAAAUAUGAUUAAUAAACCAGAACCAAUGAGUCCAUUAACUGAUCGUUUGAAUACUUUACUUAAACGUGAUACUGUUGCUACAGAAGAUGUUCGUACAGCAAUUUUAUCUCGUCGUUUAGCUAAUUUACCAGCUAAUUCAGCUGAAAGAAUUACAAUUGAACGUAAACUUGCUGAAGCUAUUCAACAACGAAGUGUUAUUAGUGCAACAAUUGAUUCAAUUGCUAGAAAAUCAUUUCAAGUUAAUCGUGCUGAUUAUUAUGAAUUAGUUACAACAAAACGUAUUCCAUUAACUCAACAUGAUUGUUAUAUGUCUGUUACACAACAUAUUAAUGAAAAAUGUUUUGAUAUUCAGAAUGAAUAUGUUUUAAAUAAAUUAUGGAUUGUUGCUAAUUUAUGUCAAGUUGGACUUCGAGAUUUUACAAUUAAUAAUGCUGUUAAUGAUGUUUGUAAUGCUCUUGGACGUCAAAAAUUUGAAUAUUAA